AUGGGCAAACGCCGGCCCCGGGCACCGCCGAUCACCAUCCCUCCCCGGUGGCCGCCCCGGGCACCGCCGCCCCUUCCUGUGAGGCCGGAGCCGAGCCCGAUGGUGGAGAUCCGGCGCGGUGCAUCCUCCGUGGUGUCGUCCUGGGACACACAUGAGGUCCGUUGUGACGUUAGUACAGCCUCCUCAUCCGGAGCAGCCAGCUGGAUCCAUGGCGCCGGAUUCAUGGUGAGGAGGGGCCAGAUUCAUGCUGGGACCACUGGAUCCCGCUGCUCCUCACCUACGUCCACGCCCGCGCCGCACAGGAGGACCUCCCCAAUCGCAACGACGGACCUUGGACGUCGGCCGCGAGGCGAAGACGUGGUCAAGCGUGUGCAGGACCGCCUGCGCCACACGCGGGGAGGAAGCGACGAGGUUGGGGACGCUGCCGAGUUGAAGGAGCAUGAGGCCGCCGCCACGGUCGUGCUUGGCAGCGAGGUCACAGAGGCAGACGUGUGGGAGAUCGCCGAUGCGUUGCAGGUGGCCGACGACCGGCAGCCUCCCUGGAGGUGA